AUGAGCCCGAAGGAGCUGAGAGGAUUGUCAGGCCGCGGGUCCCGCUGCUCUUUUGUUUCCCUUUCUGGACAGAACCGGCGUGGUUUACUCUGCGAUUCCCUGGGUUCAACCGUACAAGAAGAUGGGGGCACCGAGCAGGAAAUAGCGAGGAGAAUCCAGUCGGGAUGGAAUAGUUGGAAGAAGAUCACCGGAGUUGUAUGUGACCGCAAGGUGCCAGACAAGGUGAAGGGAGAGCUUCACAAGCUCAAGGUCAGACCGGCGAUAUUAUAUGGAUUGGAGACGGUCCCUCUAACAAAGUCACAGGAAAGGAAACUAGAGGUGGCAGAGAUGAGGAUGAUGAGAUAUGAAGUCGGAGUAACUAGGUCGGACAAGAUCAAGAAUGAGACUACUAGAGAAAUACUGGGAAUUGAGCGAUACGGUGAAAAGAACCGGGAGAGUCGACUUAGUUGGUUCGGAGCGACAGAAUUGAACCUUAACAUCGAAAACAGAUACUCACUUCUUAGCGACGAAGAUCUCAACAUUGAUCAAAUCAAAAAACAGUUUAAUGACAUAAUAAAGGAAGCUGCACUUGAAGUAGACGGGAUCUACACAACUCGAAUGAAAAGCCAGAUAGAAGCAAACGCGGUAACUAGAGACUAG